AUGUACCAUGUCCGUCUCCUCCACAUAGCCCGCUCUCGCCCACUUCCACACCGCCUUCCUCUUCCACCUCCACGCCCUCCGUCUCGCCGCUUCACCGUCCUCGCGCUCGAGUCUUCCGCAGACGAUACCUGCGCCGCCGUAGUCACCGAGGACCGCGAGAUCCUUUCCAACAUAGUCGUCAAUCAACAGGCAUCGCUGGAGCAGUAUGGUGGCAUCCAUCCCUAUGUCGCCCUUCACGCUCACCAGCGCAAUAUGCCAGUCGUUGUCCAGAGAGCGUUGAGGGAUGCGGGGUUGACCGUGAAUGAGAUAGAUGGCGUUGCGUUCACUCGGGGACCUGGUAUCGCCGGUUGUCUUAGCGUAUGUGGGAACGCUGCGCGCACACUCGCGGCCGCGCUGAGCAAGCCACUCGUUGGCGUACAUCAUAUGCAAGCCCACGCACUCACGCCUUUCCUGACUUCCCCUCCCGACCAACCCCCGCAAUACCCCUUCCUCACUCUCCUCGUAUCGGGCGGCCACACCCUCCUCCUGCUCGCCACCUCCCCUACGUCCUUCCGCAUUCUCGCCACGACACUUGACGAAGCCGUCGGGAACGCAUACGACAAGGUCGCGAAACUCUUGCGGAUACCAUACGAGGGUAAGGCAGCUGGGGCGGCCAUAGAGCGCCUCUGCGCCAGCGAAGGAGAAGGAGCGGAGAUCCCGAUGCCCCGGCCAAUACGCGGACGUCUGGCGUUCUCGUACACGGGCCUCCACUCGGCGGUCGAGCGAUUCCUACACGCCCGGAAGGGCGAGGUAGACGAGAGGACAAAGGUAGGGAUCGCGCGGAGCUUUCAGAAAGCGGCAGUGGGCCAGCUGGAGGACAAGCUUGUGCUGGGAAUGCGACAGUGCGCAAAGGAGGGGCUCAGGGUGAGGUGCUUGGUCGUGAGCGGGGGUGUGGCGAGUAAUCAGUAUUUGCGCGAUAGGCUGCGCGCGUGCUUGGAUAGAGAAAGCCCGGACAAGCAUGUCUCGCUCGCCUUUCCGCCCCCAUCGUUGUGUACGGACAAUGCUGCCAUGAUUGCGUGGGCUUCGAUGCACCGGUUUCUUGCAGGGGAAACAGAUGAGUACUCACUGGAGUCGAGGCCGGUGUGGAGUCUGGAGGACCUCGAGCGGGAAGAGGCCGGGCCUUCGCGCUCAUAGCUUGCGCUGGUGGAAAAGUACUCUAUCAUAUCACCAUAAUGUAUUACUCUUUCUUGAGAUAGCUAUAUGCGACCUCCUACAUAAUAUAGAGAAGCG